AUGCAGCCUUUCGUAGAACAACAUCUGGAAAAGCUUCUCGGCCUCAGCAACGCGACUGAGUGGAGACGUUUUCGUGCCAUACCAUACAUUCUUCUCGUCUCAGACCUGCGAGGUUUUCACAACCCACCUGGUCACUCAGUCUUGUUGGUAAACGACGGUCACGGUGAAGAGUACAUCUUCGAUGGUACUAUCGAUCAAUACGGAAGGAAUUGGGUGACACAUUGGCUCAUGACAAAGGAUGAGCUUGUGGAAGGCCAUAUGGAUCUGAGCCAAGCUCCGUAUUUGGAAGAAUACUUCAGAGGAGACUAG